AUGCACUGGAUCCUGAUGCUUCCUCUUCUCCUGCCAGCUUGUUCUGCUUCAUACAAUGACCCCUCUUGGCUCGACAAAGAGGAAGGUCUCGUAGCCCAGCAGUAUGCCCAGCUAGGGCUUGCCAAAGUGCUUUUGCGGUGCCCCGUGCCCGAAGGUGUCUCUGCGGUGGAAUGGCGAGUGAACCACACAGCAGGGCCCAUUUGGAAAGCAUCGGUGCGAGAAGACGGCAGCCUGGCCUUGUGGAACGUCAGCCUGGCUCAGGAGGCGGAAUACAGCUGCCACGAUCCCACGACCGGACGGCUGCUGCACAGAGUAUAUCUGAAGCUGGGCUACCCCCCAGAGACACCUUCCAUCCGGUGCUUUUCCACCAGCUACGGCAGUCCUAUCAAUUGCACCUGGAAACAGGAAACAGAGACGCACCUGAACACUUCGUUCCUUUCCACAUACAGGCAUGGCAUGGACGGAGAGGUGCAUGAGUGCGUGCAGCCAAGCACAGGAGCCGACAGCUGCUCCAUUGCUGACGUGCAGCUGUUCUCCAUCGUCCCCUACGUGUUGAACGUGACAGCGGUGAACCCUCUGGGAACCAGGAGCAGCCUUUUCCUCUUCCUCAUGAACCAGAUCAUCCAGCCAGAUCCUCCAGAAGACUUGAAGGUUUCUGCAAUCCCGAGGGCAAGUCGGAAGCUGCGUUUGGCCUGGAAGCCUCCCAGUUCCUGGUUGUUUCCAGAGUACUUCCCCCUCAAGUAUGUGAUCCGUUACUCGAUCCGGGAUGGGACCAACAGCAGCAAAACGACCAGGCCUACUGAGCAAACCUCUUUCGUCUUGACUGGGAUCCGUCCAGGAGCCACGUACCACGUCCAAGUGGCCGCUAAAGACUGCCUCGAUAACGGCAAAUACAGUGCCUGGAGUUCCCCAGCAUCUGGAACAGCUUGGAUGCCAGAGUGA